GCCAUCUGAAGGAAAGUCCUUUUAAGCAUCGGCAUUGUGAUGCGAACUGUUAAAUCCGGAUUGAUUUCGUUGCGACAAGUCGUCGGUGGCGCGUGAUUGCGUGAGUGGAUAAAAGCGAUUUGUUUAAAGUUUAAUCUCCGUUGCCGCGAUCGCAGGCCGCAAUAAUUUCACGGUGGAUGAACAUGGCGCCACUGACAAAAGAAAAUAGUCCCGCAGAUCAAAUGUAUCACUAUGGCUACCAGAAGAAUUUCCGGACGGCCCUACCACAGUUUGUGGCCGUAAGCAUAAAGAACCUACUGCUGAUAAGCUAUGGAAUGACACUAGGCUUCCCGACGAUUCUCAUCCCCGCCGUACAAAAUCCCAUCGAAGGUGAAAUCCUACACUUGAAAACCUCGGAGAUAUCUUGGAUAAGUUCUAUAAAUUUGAUCAUCGUCCCAGUCGGCUGCGCUCUGUCAGGCGUGGUCACGACACCGGUUGGUCGUCGGCGUGCUAUGCAGAUGGUAAACGUGCCCUUCUUCAUCGCCUGGCUGUUGUUUCAUUAUUCUACCAACGUUGGCCACUUGUAUGGUGCACUAUUCCUCACGGGAUUAUCGGGAGGGCUGCUUGAGGCACCAGUGCUGACAUACGUGGCGGAGAUCACUCAGCCACAUCUUCGCGGCGCGCUGACGGCGACUAGUUCGAUGUGCAUCAUAAUUGGGGUCUUCACACAGUUUCUCUUCGGUCUUCUCAUGUAUUGGCGCACUGUGGCACUCGUCAAUAUCAUAUUCACGGUAUUAGCUGUAAUUGCACUUUGCUUCGUCCCUGAAUCACCUCACUGGCUGGUAUCCAGAAAAAGAGUAGAGGACGCAAGAAAGAGCCUGCAGUGGUUACGAGGUUGGACUGGUCCCCAAGCUGUUGAAGGCGAGCUAAGGGACAUUCAAGCGUUGUUCAAACGAAAAAAAGCUGAAGCCGAGGAUCAAGAAGAAACUUUAUCAGAGAAAAUAUCUCAAUACCUGGACAGAAGCUUUUUGGUGCCAUUCUUCCUGGUCUCCUACAGCUUCUUUGUUGGCCACUUUAGUGGGAUGACAACUUUGCAGACGUACGCAGUUUCCAUAUUCCAGAUGUUAGAAGCGCCGAUUGAUAAGUACUAUGCGACGCUGAUUCUUGGCAUUCUGCAGAUCGUAGGGUCUGGCGCGUGUGUGAUACUGGUACAUUACACUGGAAAGCGGCCUUUGACCUUCUUCUCCACUGCCGCUGCUGGAGUGUGUUGUAUUUUGGUAGCUGGUUACGAUGGUUACUUUAAAACUCACGAUGUGUUAAACAAAACAUCUUCGGAAAUACACAAUGCAACAAUCGGAGUCAACAGUAACAGUUUUGACAAUCCCUAUUCAUGGAUUCCCACAACGUUAUUGAUGUUGCUAGCUUUAGUCACUCACACUGGUAUCCGACUGUUACCAUGGAUUCUUAUUGGAGAGGUAUUUAGCGCUAAAACAAGAUCAGGCGCUGCAGGUCUUUCAAGUGCUAUCGGUUACGUUUUCGGAUUUCUCACCAACAAAAUAUACAUAACCAUGGUGGACUCUCUCUCUAUAUGGGGGACAUAUGGCUUGUACGGCCUUAUUUGUUUGACGGGGUGCAUAGUAUUCUACUUCAUAUUACCAGAAACGGAAGGCAAAAAACUGAAUGACAUAGAAAAUCAUUUUGCUGGAGUGAAAAACCUGACCAAUACAGUCUACCGCUCACAGAAAAAUAUGAGCAUAGAAAUCUCUCGAAUGAGAGACUUAAAAGGAACAACAAAUCCAACAUUUGAAGGAGACAACACAAAUUUAUAGAAAUAGUAAUUAAUUAGUUUAAACAUAAAUUUUGGUAGAAAUUAAUUCUGAAGACCACGCUGACUAUGCUUUGAAGAAAAUAUAACAUAAUAUUUUUAAAAUUAAAAUGUAAUAUUUUUAAAUUUUUAAUAGCUAGGUUACAGUUAUUGAACAUUAAAAAUACUAUGUUAUUAUUUUAGGUUAGGUUAACAACCCAAAUGAAUAAGGCAAUAUUACAAUGUUAUAUGGAACCACAUUAAAUCAUUAUGUAAGUGAAAAUGUAAGGAUGUUUGUAGCUCUAUCACUGAGAAACGACAUUUACUGGAAAUGAAAUUGCGUAUCAAUUUCGGGCCUGCCCGUGAUUGUAACAUAAAAGAAUCUGUUUUUAUCCAGAAAAUUGUUCGAAUCGGCAAAAUAGAAUAAAUACCCUUUGAAAUAUAUUUAUUUAAUUAAAAAUUAGUGACGUUUUGUCGAACCUUGUAAAUAGUUUUUGUUAGAAUAUGUGUUAAAUUUCAGGUAAUGUAACUUUAUUAAACCUGUACAUAAUACCUACGACCGUAUAGUUAAAAAUGGCUUUAUGAAUCUACUUACCUUUUAAUUGAAGUGAUAUCAGACCUUCCCGACACCGUGAUGAUUUGUAUAUAAAAUUUUAGGAAGGACAAUGUGAUUGGCUUAUGUAUACCAACUUACUUGCUACAACACAAUAGAAAAGAGGGAAAAGAUAAUAUCUCACCUCACUCCACUAAGUAAGUAUGCGGUUGCGAUGAGUGAGUCAGACAACCAGUUGUUGGGAAGGUUUGUCAACACUUUUUAGUUCGGAUUUCGGUAAACGAUUGUCGAUUUUUAACUAAAUGUAAGAGUGGAAGUACAAUACAUACUUAUAUUUUAUUUGUGAGACAUAUGUAAAGAUUAUACGAGUACCUAACAAAGUAUUUUCUUGUUAUUUAUAUUAUAAAGUUAUCUAAAUACUAAAUCAUUAAUUAUUUUGUAAAUAGCCUGUAAUAUAUUUCUGAUAACAACAAAAUAAAAUGAACCAUCUCUUUUGAAAUAUUUUAAGUGCUGAAAGCUUAACUCAAUUUCAAAAUAAGUAUUGAUUCAAUUACAAAUAAAUAUUGAUAUCGAUACCUAUUCUGCUUACCUUUAUUUUAUUAAACAUGUUAAGUUGUAAUGUUGUUGUAAAUUAAAUGUUAAAGGUAAUUAUUUAUUACGAAAUGUAAUUGUGUAGUGUAAUUAUUUAAGAAAUUGAUUCAAUAAGGCCACAUUGCUCUGCUUAUAUCUUCAACUUGUGCUUUGGACUUACAAUAUCACGUAGCUAAGAGAGUGGCAUGACCGGAUACCUAAGAUUUCGGUGUGCGUUGCUUUGCGGCGUUGCAGUUUCUUAGAGCAGCAUCACAUAUCUCUAACGAAAAUUCGAAGUAUAUUUUAUUCAAUUAUUACUUAAAAUUUGCGAUAAAAUCAAGAGUACUCCUUCUAUAAUUAUGAUGACAUUUCUGUGAAUUUUAAUUAUUCUAAUUUUUUAAUUACUAAUUCAUAGGCACAUGGUAUUUCCUCCAAGUCCUGUUUAAUUUAAAUAUAAAAUUUAAUUAAAUAUAUUAACAUUUUAAACCUAGAAAUGAUUAGAAAUCGAAUCCGCUCUUGUUUCGCGCAAAAUAAAAAAAAAUGGGUUGUCGUGUCAAAGACCAAUAAAAUCAUUAUGGAUGAGAACAUUAUUUAACUACGUCCAAAUCUACGUUUAGUAAAUCAUAGGGAAAUAUGUAAGUGUUUGUAGUAUGUAAGCAUACCUAUUCCCUUAAAUUAAUAACAAUAUAUUUCAUUUAAAUUUUAGCAGUAAUCCUUCCAAUUUUACAGUUAUAUUUUAUAGUAGACGUAGACGUAUUUAAUAGUAUCGAAGAAUUUAAGUAAGAUUAAAAUUGUACAUAAUUUUAUGAUUAAUAAAGUGUUGCCUGUUA